CAGCAGGAAGUAGUUAGAGAGGAAGAUUGAAGUGAUUCCGGAUGGUCCUGUCUCCUUAGCGAUUUUCUUUUCUUUUUUUUCUGUGUAAAACUUUAAAAAGUCCGCCUUUAAUCUUCUGUAGAAGUUUUAAAAUCAGCUUCCUGACAGUAGGACCGCUCCAGCCCUGGGUGAUCCGAACAAGGUGUUGAAGAUGGAGCCCUCUGCUGGAGGAGGAGCAGAGCACCUGUGCGUUUUACUGCUGGGAGCAGAGGAGGUGGUGACUAAGAGGGAGGUGGCGUGUCAGUGGGAGAGUCAGUCUCAGCAGAGUAAGGAAGUGGCCUGUCAGAGCGACUGGGCAGAGCAGAGGGACGUCGGCGUCCCGGUGGACCUGCUGACUCAUCAGCUCGGUUGGGCGAACUCAACAGCAUCGUCAACAAUGCUACUGGAGUGUUUUUCUGUCAGACCAGAUGGAUCAGAUGGGGGCGCUCUACUGCAACACUGCACCUCUAGAACCAGAACUAGAACCAUUAAACCUGCCAUCAGACUGUCCCCAACACACGAGUCCAAAAGUCACAGAAGAGAACCUCAGAGUAGAAAAAUGAAUAAUCCAGGGCGAAAACGGCAAAGAGGGCGACCGCGACUGUCCUGUCGUACUGAAGCACAGGAGGAGAAGGAGCAGCCACAGGACAAGAAGGAGGAGGAGGCAGAGGUGCAGGAGGAGCAGGCACAAGAAGAAGAAGAAGAGGAGGAGCAGGAGCAGAUGGAGAAAGACGAUCCAAACUGGAUUCCAUCUAAACAAGUUGAAUUCACAGCAAAGUCUUUGGAGCGUGUCAAUAAUGACUUGAAUUCCCAACAUGCACCUGAGGCCACGUCAGUGAAGCUCGAGAUGGAAACCAUCAUGUGUGACGUUUGUGGGAAAGUGAUGAAGAACAAGUCGAGUUUGGCACGUCACUCCUUCAUCCACACGGGUAAGAAACCGUUCGCCUGUCACCUGUGUGACCUGCGCUUUAACCGCCGCGACAACCUGCAGCAUCACCUGAGCAAGCUCCACCCUAAUGGUGUUGCCAGGCUGGAGAAGCAGCGAGCGGUGCAGGCUUGGCUCUGCGCCGUCUGCGGCAAAACCUUUAGCUGCCGGUCGAGGCUAAAAGCGCACGAGAUCAUUCACUCAGGGGUCAAACCUUACCGCUGUGACCUUUGCUCCAAAGCAUACAUGAGGACCAAUGACCUUGAACACCACAAGAAGAUUGUGCACGUGGAGGGAGGAAAAGAGCCGCGGCCCAGUUUACUGCUCUGUGAUUUUUGUGGCAAAGAGUUCAAAUGUCGCUCCCAGCUUCACCUCCACCUCCAGACUCACACGGGCGAACGUCCGCAUCUUUGCGACAUCUGUGGCCGUAAGUUCGCUCGACCACACCAGCUCAAACGGCACAAGAUCCUCAUCCACUCUAACCAGGUGAUCGGUGAGGAAAACCUGGCGUCUGACUCAUCUUACACCUGCAGCGUGUGUGGAAAGCGUCUGAAGUCUGAGGCACAUCUCAUGGCUCACUCCCACGUCCACACGGACGACCGGCCGCACCGCUGCAGCAUCUGUUUGCGCAGCUUCCAGAGGGUCACGUGGCUAAAGCAACACCACAUGCGUGUCCACCUUAAGGUCAGAGUGUGUGAUGCAGCACGAGGUGGAGGCAGGAUCAGGAAGAGCACGUCCCAGACCAAGGCUUUCCCCUGUCCUGUCUGCUGCAAAGUCUUCAAAUUUAAGUCUCUGCUAGAGAGCCACUCGCUGAUCCACAGCGAAGUGCGUCCGUACGCUUGCGAUUUCUGCAACCGACGCUUCAGGCGCCGCAGCCACCUCAAGAGGCAUCGGGAGGUCGUGCACGCCAACGGCGAAAGAGCGCCCCAGAGUUUUGUCUGCCACAUCUGUGGCAAGGACAAAAAGUGUCGCUCACAACUGGAUCGACACGUCAUCAUCCACACGGGGGAGCGACCCUUCGCCUGCGACCUCUGUCCUGCUCGCUUCAACCGCCGCGGGAACCUGCAGCAGCACUUGAGGCGGAUGCAUGGCGUGGGGAAGCAGCAGUCGCAGGAAGACCCGCCCAUUCUGUUUGAGGACGACAUGAUGCUGACGUACAAACAGGAGGAGACGGUGGUAGCUAUUGAAACUGCAGCUGAGACAUUUGAGGCGAACGAUGACGCAGCUGAGCAGCUGGUGGCUUCCUGACACCUGUUGAACUGAGCAUGCUCAGAACGUUGGCCCACUAACAUUCAACCAUGACGUUUUACUAAAACUGUGAUACAAAAUAAUCCUGAGUCAAAGAUCGGACCGUUAAUGAUUUGUAAAUAACAAAUGGUUUAUUGGUGACAUCACAGGUGACAUCACAGGGUUCUGUGAUGUCACUGCAGUGCCAACACUCACACACAUCUUGUUCAUUAUCAUGAUCAUUAAAGUCUUGAUCAUUAAAUUAUGAUGUCAUCAUAAUGUCAAUCUGUCAUAUCUGGUUUUACAUACAUUUUUUUAGGAAAGCGCAAAUAAACAUCUGGGUUCCACUGUA